GAGGCCUGAGGUAAACAACCGCGGCCCCGCCUCCCGGGCCUCCGCGCGCACCGCGCUCCUCCUAGCCGGCGGGACGCGCUCCAGCGGGGCGGGCGGCUUCCUCCGUGAGUCCCCAGCGGCCGCCGCGGGCCGGAGCAGCUGCAGCGGGCGCGGCGCCCCGGGUCUGCGGGCCGAGCGCACCGGCAGGGGUCGAGCUCGCGUCCCGUCCCCGCCCCCCCCCGCGCUGUGGCGCAGCAGGAAUUUGGCCGGGACCCGGGCGCUAUUCGCGGCUGCUGACGCGCGGCGGCCGGCGGCCUUUCGCUCAUCUCUAUUCUGGGGCCGUUUGGUCACCGCGCUCCGCCGGUCCCCUCCCCCGGGCCCGGAGGGUGUGUCCCCCGCUCCGGGGCUCGCCGCGCCUAUAAGGGGCCGAGCGGCGGGCAGGGACAUGCAGCUCUACAGCAGCGUCUGCACCCACUACCCCGCCGGGGCCCCGGGUCCCACGGCCGCCGCCCCCGCGCCACCCGCCGCCGCUGCCCCCUUCAAGGUCUCGCUGCAGCCCCCGGGAGCCGCCGGCGCCGCGCCCGAGCCCGAGACUGGUGAGUGCCAGCCCGCCGCGGCCGCCGAGCACCGGGAAGCCGCCGCUGUCCCCGCCGCCAAGAUGCCCGCCUUCUCCUCCUGCUUCGAGGUGGUGUCCGGGGCCGCCGCGCCCGCCUCCGCCGCCGCCGUCCCGCCCGGGGCGUCCUGCAAGCCGCCGCUGCCGCCGCACUACACGUCCACCGCGCAGAUCACCGUGCGGGCCCUGGGCGCCGACAGGCUCCUGCUGCACGGGCCCGAGCCAGCUCCCGGCGCCGCGGGCUCCGCCGCUGCCCCCCGCGGCCGCUGCCUCCUGCUGGCCCCGGCGCCCGCAGCCCCGGUCCCGCCGCGGCGGGGCUCCUCGGCCUGGCUCCUGGAGGAGCUGCUGCGGCCCGACUGCCCCGAGCCCGCGGGCUUGGACGCGACACGGGAGGGGCCCGAUCGGAACUUCCGACUGAGCGAGCACCGCCAGGCCCUGGCCGCCGCCAAGCACCGAGGCCCCGUGCCGACCCCGGGGAGCCCCGAUCCCGGCCCCGGUCCGUGGGGUGAAGAGCACUUGGCUGAGAGGGGCCCCAGGGGCUGGGAGAGGGGCGGCGACCGCUGCGACGCGCCCGGUGGGGACGCGGCGCGGAGGCCCGACCCAGAGGCCGAGGCACCCCCCGCCCGGAGUAUCGAGGCCGCCCCGAGCAGCGCGGCGGAGCCAGUGAUCGUCUCCAGGUCGGAUGCCAGAGACGAGAAGCUGGCCCUGUACCUGGCCGAGGUGGAGAAGCAGGACAAGUACCUGCGGCAGAGGAAUAAGUACCGAUUCCACAUCAUUCCAGACGGCAACUGCCUCUACCGAGCUGUCAGCAAGACGGUGUACGGGGACCAGAGCCUGCACCGGGAGCUGAGGGAGCAGACGGUGCACUACAUCGCCGACCAUCUCGACCACUUCAGCCCCCUGAUUGAGGGCGACGUGGGGGAGUUUAUCAUCGCUGCUGCCCAAGAUGGGGCAUGGGCUGGGUACCCGGAGUUGCUGGCCAUGGGGCAGAUGCUGAAUGUGAAUAUCCAUUUAACUACUGGAGGGAGGCUGGAGAGCCCCACGGUUUCUACCAUGAUUCAUUAUUUGGGCCCAGAGGAUUCCCUGAGGCCUAGUAUUUGGCUCAGUUGGCUCAGUAACGGACACUAUGAUGCUGUAUUUGAUCACUCCUAUCCUAACCCAGAGUACGACAACUGGUGCAAACAAACUCAAGUGCAAAGGAAACGCGACGAAGAACUUGCCAAAUCUAUGGCCAUAUCCUUGUCUAAAAUGUACAUUGAACAAAAUGCAUGCUCUUGAAAUGUCUCAAAACCUUACACCCUGGGAAUCAUUGCAUAUAUAACUUGUGUUUGGAGAAUCACAUGAACUUUAAUCAGGGUAAUAGCACUUUCAAACUUGCUAGUAGAUUUUACUGUAGGUGUAAUGCCUUAAUCAUCUUUUUGAAUGUUUUCUCAGAGCUGAAGGUUGCUGGGCACCUAAAUGAUGUUUCAUGAUAGCUUUGGGUGAUUUUACUGCUAUUUAUAAUUUGCUGUAUAAAGUGAGCGCUACUUAAUUUGCAAGCUGAUUUCUCACAGUGUAAAUUUGUUCAUUCCUGGUAGUCUAUUUUCUAUAAAAAUGUAUUUUUGCACAACAUUUUUAAAAACUGGUGUACCUUCAUCUAUGACGUGUUCCAUUUUGACAAACAGCUUUCAGGCGUAAAUCCAGAGAAGUGCUUUAUAUGAAAUGUAUUAUUUUGAACAGAGUUUGUGAUUUGGUAGUUAUUUUAUGUUGUUGAAAUUUGAAUUUCACAAUUCUUAGAUAAUUAUUUCAAAUGGAUAUUGAUGCAUUCUUGUUACCAGAUGUUGGGCCCAUUCCAUUUUGGUGAAACAGAGCUGUUGUUUUGGAAGUCAUUAUUUUUCUAGAAAUGGCGAAUCUUUCAAAGAAGAUUACUUAAUGGAAGGUUGUGGGAAGGUGUUUUUUUGUGAUUUUUUUUUUGUUUGUUUUGUUUUUCCUCUUUUAAGGGAUAGUACCAGGUCUUACUUGAAUGAAAGUCUGAUAUUUGCUGAUGGCAGAAUGAUUAUUCUGUACCCUGGUUGAUGUGUAGAGUAGAUUGUCUGGUGCUCUCAGUUGUUUUUAUUCACAUUUUUCAUUUUGUUGUAAGAGAAUGUUAACAUGCUAUAAAACUCUGUGACAAGAUAAGCCUCCUGCUUUAUGUAACUUCUUGGAUCCAGCUAAGAGAUUUAUAAACUAAUGGCAUAAAUGUCUGGAGCCAACCUUGGCAGUUAUAGCAGGAGAACACUGUCUUAGUAUUUCUUUACAUUCUUUCAAAAGGCAAAAUAGGAUUGCCCUGUAUUAAUGUAGAAAUGUCUGUAAACAGAGCUUGUAUGGUUUGCUGGGUCAAACAAUGUUUCCAACUUAAAAUCUAUCUCAUUGCCACUUUAACUACUUUUAGUCAUAUUUAUUAAGUAAUGCAGUUUGUACUUUUUUAUUUUGUAACAUUUUGUGAUUUUUUUGUACAAAACUGUAUUUGUACAAUAGAGCAAUUCCCAGCUGAUGGAAUGAAUGAAUAAAAUGCAAAAUUAUACUUUUACAAUGCGUUUUUGGAUAGAGUGGUUUUUAAAUUGUGAUGUUUGUAGGAAACUUUCUUACUCAUAUGCAUGUACACAAGUUUUUUUUCCGUAAAGAUGCCACAGCAAGAGAGGUUUCCUAAAUUCUCACAUGAAGAGGAUAGGCUAAUCAUGAGUAAUUUCAAAGGAUAAGCCUGAAUAAAAUAUAAUUUAAAAGUGGA